UUUGUAAUUAUAAUAAUUAGCAGAAAAUUGGCAGUGGUUGGUGAUGACGGCUGUGACGUGAACGACUCCAAUUUUCUUCCUCUUCCGUUUACACUCUCCGUUCUUCAUCGAUCGUCGCUACCGGAGUUUCUCUUCCCCGCCUGGGAAUCUUUCCAUGUGCUCGCGCCUUUAAGCUUCACAUUCCUUUUCCUUGGUGGUGGGUGGCCCACCGUCAAUGUCUAUCGCCGAAUUUCCUGCCACCGUUGAUCGCGUCCACAUCAAUAGCACCACCGCCGCCGUAUACCCUGCCGCCGAUCACUGUCAACUCAAUCGGCACCAUUCUCAGGGCCACCGUCAUCCUUGCGUUUCGUCCAAGCGCAAGUUAGAUGACUAUGGUCCCAAUUUCGACGACGAGGACGAGGACGUUCAGUUGUUUGACUUAGUUUCUGUUAGAAUGAAGAAGGGUGAAACGUGUGCGAUCGACUCCUCAUCUGACGGCCGGCUGGGUGAGGGAAACAGCAUCGACUGUGAGCAUCGGGAUUUUGAUACUCGGCCGAACUCUAUGGCGGCAGAAACCCCGCAAAAGCCCAUUCUGUCUCCGUACGAGUUGCAAUUUUUUGUUAGAACCAUCUCCGAGGGGAAUACUAUGGUAAUGCUUGCCAAUAUUAACGAUACUGUGAUGUCGCUACAUGAGCGGAUUCAAGGUAUUACGCGUAUACCAGUUUUCGAGCAAAGGUUGAUAUAUAGAGGAAGGCAGCUCCAGCAUGAACAGUCACUCCUCGAGUGUUCGAUACAGAAUAACGCUGAGUUGCAAUUAGUUGGUCGAAUGAGAAGCACGGAGCAUCCCAAAGCUUGGCAGAUUGUUGACGAUAUGGUUUCAUCGGUGCUGCGUCUCUAUAGAGGCGAAUUUGUGUUUUCUGCUUUGGAAGUUAUCACAACCUUGAUGACCGAAUUCUUAGGUUUGGCUACGGACACCGACUUAGAUUCAGGAGUCAAGCAACUUCAGGUUUUCCUGUCCCUUUCUGCCCCAGCUGCGUUAGUGAUGCUUCAUCUGUCUAAAAUUAAAGGUAACAAAGAGUGUGCUGAUAAAUUGAUUAAGCAUUUUAUGGAUUUGCUUCGCCACUCAGUUCCCAAGUCUUUACAUGAUUGUGGUGCGAUUAUAGUAUUAGAGUUUUGCAAUUUACUUAGGAGAGAUACUCCGGAGGGCAGUUUAUACAGUUUAUGCCGGAGUACUCUCGGCUCACUGUUGGGAACCGAGGGAAUUUCUCGAGGGAUGAGAUGCUUAGAAAGUGUCAGGGGACCCAUCAAAACACCCGAACUUUUUCCAUUUGUUAAUGAGCUGGCCAAUAAAUUGUCCAUAGACUUGUCUUCAAGUAUGCGUUCUCCCACAAGUGCAGGGCCUUCGGUAACUGAUAUUCGUGACUUUACAGCAUUUUUGCUUCCUUUGCGCAGUGCGGUUAUGGAUCAACUGGGUUUUCUAGGUUCCAAGUUUUUGCCGCCGUACAGGGGAAGUUUUAGGGAUCCUUCUUAUGGAGAAGAAGGCGAAUUUCUUCAUAAUAUAUAUCAAAGUUUGUUGAAAAAGAUGGAUAUAUGCCUUCAAGGAAUGGAAGCUUUCUUGGUUGAUAAAGGAAAUAGGGACUGUGCAAACCUCUAUGCAGGAUGGUCUCAGUAUCUUCCAAUUUUAAAGGAAUUGAAUAGUAUUUCCCUUCUUUUCCAGGGUGCUGAAGAAGAAUUUUGGGCAACCAUGAGGCCCAGGAAAAAUUCGAUUUGUGCACUUCUCAUUAGAUUUGCUAAGCGAGCUGAUAACCACAUGUGGAUUCUUCAACACAAGGAAGUAACAAAUUCUGAAUCUCGAAGGCAUUUGACAAUGCUUAUGUUUCCAGAGCCAACAGAAGAUUACGACGAGUUGCAAGAAAUGCUGAUUGAUAGGUCUCAAUUGUUGGAAGAAUCAUUCGAGUACAUCACACAUGCAAAUGUUGAGGCUCUACGCCAUGGAUUGUUUAUGGAAUUCAAGAAUGAGGAAGCGACGGGUCCCGGUGUCUUGCGGGAGUGGUUUUUUCUGGUCUGCCAGGCUAUUUUUAACCCACAAAAUGCACUUUUUGUUGCAUGUCCCAAUGAUCGAAGAAGGUUCUUUCCCAACCCUGCUUCAAAGGUGGACCCUCUGCAUCUCAAAUAUUUCAAUUUUUCUGGCCGAGUUAUUGCACUAGCUUUGAUGCAUAAAGUGCAAGUUGGUAUUGUCUUUGAUCGUGUAUUUUUCUUGCAAUUGUCUGGAAUCUCCAUCUCCUUGGAAGAUAUAAGAGAUGCCGACCCAUACUUGUAUACUAGCUGCAAGCAGAUUCUUGAUAUGGACGCUGAGUUUGUUGAUUCAGAUGCUUUAGGACUCACAUUUGUUAGUGACUUUGAGGAGCUAGGAAUAAGAAAAGUUGUGGAUCUUUGCCCCGGAGGCAAAAACAUGGUUGUUAAUAGUAAGAAUCGGAAGGAAUAUGUUAAGCUUCUAGUAGAGAACCGCUUUGUGAGAUCUGUCUCUGAGCAGGUAUCAUGUUUUGCAAGCGGUUUUACUGAUGUACUUUCUGACCAAAGAGUGCACACACACUUUUUCCAGAGCCUAGAGAUUGAAGAUCUUGAUUGGAUGCUAUAUGGGAGUGAAAGUGCAAUCUCUGUUGGAGAUUGGAAGGUGCACACCGAGUACAAUGGCUACAAAGAAACUGAUCCUCAGAUAUCCUGGUUCUGGAAGAUUGUGUACGGGAUGACACUGGAGCAGAGAAAGAACCUUUUGUUUUUCUGGACUUCAGUGAAGUACCUACCAGUCCAGGGUUUUAGUGGCUUGGCUUCAAAGCUUUACAUUUACAAAUCUUCAUCUCCAUAUGAUUAUCUUCCUUCUUCUCAUACGUGCUUUUUCCGGUUGUGUUUCCCUCCUUAUCCUUCCAAGGCUAUCAUGAAAAGUCGUCUUCAAAUUAUCACUCAGGAGCACGUUGGAUGCAGCUUUGGUACGUGGUAAUCUCUCGCUUGCCUAUGGGUUUUCCAGUCCAGUGAAUUGAUGGUAUUGUUGUCUGCACAUAUUUUUGUUCUUGCCUUGUACAGAGUCCACAGAUAAGAAUGCUUUUUUUUUCCCCUUUGAAAGGGAACAGAUGAGAAUGCUAUACCCGUGUUUUGUAAUCAAACUCUAUUGUAACUUGUAAGGUUCUAUAGUCCUAGUUAGUUUUUAAGAAAAUGUUAUUACUGCUUCUGUAAUGCUCAAAUUUGUGCUAGAGAAAAGGGAAAAUUUUCUCUACCUCUAUAUGAACUUCUUUGUAUUAGUUACAACUGAAACUUAACUGUAAGUGUAACUAUAAGUGUUCACAAGUUUAUUGAAGUUGAGUAUAGAUCCAAUCCCAUUAUCUCCA